UUUUAAUUUAAGAUCUGUUUAAAAAAGUGUACAAAAAAACAACAAUUAAUCAAGCCCCUUGCGAGGGAAAUAAAUGGCUUAAACCAAGUGUGUCGGAUCGAGCCGGAAUGCAAGGUUAAUGGUUACUCGUUACACAAGCGGCGAAUUGUCAAUGUCUGGCAGUCGCUUUCGUAAAACUAGUGCCUACGCCAUUUAGAUUGCCAAAGUGAACCCCAGGCUCAAGAUUCAAUAAGGUAACCGGGCGAAAACAGCCUAUUAUACCAAUAAAAUAGCCAGAAGGUUCUGCUUUGACAGAUCAAAGCUUUUGUUUUCCCGAUUGAAAACCGAAAAACAUUUGACACGCUACGAAUCCAUCCUUACGCAGGGCGUAGCGCAUGCGCGUAGCAGCCGCGCCGCGCCGCAGUCGCCCUUCGCGCGCCGCCCGCUACGCACGUAGCUGACGCGUAGCGCUACGCGCCCGCAGUGACGUGUGGUGUAGUGUAGUGUAGCCUUGUGACGUCCAAGUGUAAAAUGUAAUGACGUGUCGAUAAAUGUAAUAACUUCAAGAUGCGGAUAAAGCGCUUCCCAGGUGUAACGCAGAAGGAAUGUUGAAAAAAGUGCCAACGCGGGUGCAGGCGUGAGGCUGGCGGCGACAUGAGCGCGGUGCGGGACGCGGGGGACUCCACGCCGGGCUCCGACGUCACGCGGCUGUUCCCCAAGUGCCGGCCGAGGAUGCACCGCCACGACAGGUUAAACUCCGGUCUGGAGGGCCGGGAGCACAGCAUCAACAACGUUUCCUCGGACGAAGAGCGCGAGAGCCAACUGGUGAUACUCAACUCCAAGGGAAGCGCCUACAAACUUAGAGAUUCUAGGAUAAUAGAAAUAGCAGGCGGUCGAGAGCUCUACUCGCAGAGUCGAACCAAAGCGGUUCGGAAGCUAAGACACAGCAACACGCAGAAACAUAACCUUCGGAACAAGGUGCGCUCUCUGGGCAAGGACACACUUGACUAUUCGGAUAAUCUUAGUAACGAGAUAUCCUUGCACAGGCUAAACAAUGAGCCCAAAAAAAUGAUAUCACGCCACACGUCACCGACAUACACAAACGGGGACCGGGAACCCAUCAUAGAAGAGACGAUGGGGAUUCCUAAAAACAGUUCACCAAUUCUGGACCCCCAUAAAACGAAUGACGUGAGCACUAAGAGUAGCCCCAUAGCGGUCGUUGCGGACGGAGAGGUCGUCGUUUUUGACGGUAACGAGGACUGGAAAGUGACAUUGAAUUCUGUGUCCCUAGGUCUUCGGAUGGACCCGGAUGCUAGUGAUCACGAGAUCGAUCUGAGUGUAAAAAGGACUUUAGACAAUAUGAAAAAUGGUGACAGUGAUGUGAUGAACAAUAAAAGUGAGUUAAGUGAGAGUGAGUCGAGUCCCGGGGAGGAACGGAGUGAUGCAAGCCCUUCUGGUGUUUGGAUGUCAGAGGACGAAGAUAAGGGGAGGGUCACAAGGGUGAUUGGGGAGUUGCCUAUAGCUGAAUAUGAGGGGUCACCGCGGAGAUAUGGCAUUGGCAGUCAAAAACAGACUGUCAGGUCGCCGAGGCCUGGAUUUCCGCAGCGCAUAGUGACAGAGAGCAGAGACGUGACGCCGCCGUCAGGGUCAGCAGCAUUCGACUACCUGUACGAGUUCUCCGAGACACGGAAGGUUCUCGAGGAGUUCUUCAGAUGUCCCGCGGUAGCUGGCCAUGCGCAGCUGAACAGCAACGACGAGAUUGUUAAUUUUCAGGAGUUAGAUUACGAGCUCCGCCGUCAAACGCAAGACUGUCCGUCGGAGAACGGAGUUGAGGGAAGCGACGCGGAGUGGCCGCACACGGAUACCUUAGAUUCACCACACACUGCGCACAAUCACACCAAUUUCUUAGGAUUACAGCAACAACGCGAGAGUUACGGCGAGCCCAACGUCGCGGCCCUCCGGGUCGGGUCAGCGUGGAGCGGCUCCGCGUCCCCCGCCGCCCCGCCGCCCCGCACCCGCGCUCCCCUCGCCUUGUCUCCUGAGACAAGCGACGAGGGUAGUGAUCUCUCGCUCAUCAUCAUGGAGAAUGAGCUGAGCGAGAUGAAAGUUCAAAUGGACGCAAGUCGCGUGGUGGUGACGCACCUGCCCAUCGUGGAGGACGGGCUGUCCUCCGGCCACGCCUCCGACAAUGACAAUAAUAAUCAACUGCCGACCUUACAACAGUCGCAUUCUUCAGUAAUAAUCGAAGAGAUAGUGGAGAAUGGAACAAGUGCGGAGGCUCACGUGCUCUCUGACGCCGACCUACACUCGUUGGAUCCUUUAGCGGCGUGCAGCGAGGUGUCCCCGCCGCCGCCCGCGCCCGCGCCGCACCGCCCCGCCGACGAGCCCGAGCGCGCGCCGCACGCGCCGCACGCGCCGCACCCGCCGCACCCGCCGCACCCGCCGCACCCGCCGCACGCACCGCACGCGCCGCAUGUACCACACGAUGACUAUACCAAUAGCAGGAAAAGGCCAUCGUCAGCGCAGAGUACAGACUCCGUGGAAAUCAAACCUGCGAGUGGGGAUGAAGAUGAAGCGGACACGGAUCUGGAGACUGACAGGCUAUUAGGGCAGCAGAGGACGGACGACCAGGGAUUCUUCGACGACAAGGGAUGGCGCAAACCGAAAUCGCGUACAGUUAUGCCAGCGGGCAGCGUCUCCGGCGGCGCGCGGUCUCCUCCACACGACGAUCAGGACGAGACUCAUCAUAAUGGGAAAGAUAAAGAUGGAAAAAAGAAAAGCAAAAACAAAGAAGACAUGCGUUCAGUUCUCAUCGAAGGCGUAUUAUUCCGCGCGCGCUACCUCGGCUCAACCCAACUGGCCUGCGAAGGGCAGCCCACGAAAGCCACCAGGAUGCUCCAGGCCGAGGAGGCGGUCUCCAGAAUCAAGUGGGGCUGCGAGGGCCCGUACUCCGGCGUGUACGCGGCUCCGGCCGCCGUGUUCCGGCUCAGCUUCCUGGGCUCGGUCGAGGUGGACGAGGACAAGCGGCGCAGAAAACGCCUCAAGAAGAACAUGGUGGAGGAGGCGGUCAAUAAGAUUAAGGCUCCCGAAGGUGAAAAUCAGCCUAGCACAGAAGUAGAUCUCUUUAUAUCGACGGAGAAAAUCAUGGUCCUGAACACAGAACUGAAAGAAAUCAUGAUGGACCACGCUCUCCGGACCAUUUCGUACAUAGCUGAUAUAGGAGACCUGGUGGUUCUUAUGGCGAGAAGAAGAUUUGUGCCGCACGAGACGGACUCUGAUCAACCAAAACUGAACAGGACGCCGAAGAUGAUUUGCCAUGUUUUUGAGAGUGAAGAGGCGCAAUUCAUUGCACAAUCCAUCGGCCAAGCCUUCCAAGUGGCAUACAUGGAGUUCCUCAAAGCGAACGGGAUCGAGGACCACAGCUUCGUCAAAGAGAUGGAUUAUCAAGAAGUGUUAAAUAGCCAAGAGAUCUUCGGAGAUGAAUUACAGAUGUUCGCCAAGAAGGAGCUGCAGAAGGAGGUGGUGGUGCCGAAGACCAAGGGGGAGAUUUUGGGGGUGGUGGUGGUGGAGUCGGGGUGGGGCUCCAUGUUGCCGACGGUGGUCAUCGCUAACCUGGCACCAGCGGGCGCGGCGGCGAGGUGUGGCCAGCUCAAUAUAGGUGAUCAAAUAAUCGCAAUAAACGGCGUGAGCCUAGUCGGACUGCCGCUCUCCACGUGUCAGACGUAUAUCAAAAACUCGAAGAACCAAACGGUAGUGAAGCUGACGGUGGUACCGUGUGCGCCCGUGGUGGAGGUCAAGAUCAAACGGCCUGACACCAAGUAUCAGCUCGGGUUCAGCGUGCAGAAUGGAGUGAUAUGCAGCUUACUCCGCGGCGGCAUCGCCGAGCGCGGCGGCGUGCGCGUCGGCCACCGCAUCAUCGAGAUCAACUCGCAGAGCGUCGUUGCCGUUCCGCACGAGCGAAUCGUAAAUCUACUAGCGACCUCUGUGGGCGAGAUCCUAAUGAAAACGAUGCCGACAUCAAUGUUCCGUCUGCUGACGGGCCAGGAAAACCCCGUGUUCAUAUAAGCGCCGCCGCGCGACACAAGUGCCUGCUUACGAUAUUACACGCCCAUUAAUGUUGGCCCUGUCAUGGCUUCACUUUAAAACAGAUAAAAAAUUUAAGGGCGUACGAAAAUUUGAUAUACGGUCGACACCUGGAUGGUUGUCUGUGGCAAUAUUUUCCAAUCUGUGGAAGUCCCUAUAUAAGAAAAUCGCAGUCUUGUAAAAUAAACAAAACAGGGCCGCCUUAUAACCGCGAAAAUCGAAGUCGAUGGCGGGCAUUUUUCUAUGUCACACUAAUUACGUCUUAAUGAGAGUAAAAGAGAAAGAUCCCCGCAAUUUGCGAAUCUCGCUUUUCGCGUUAGGUACCCAGAUUACCAACAGCUGAAAGCUGUCGCCAUUUAUUUUAGCGGGCAGAACAUUGAAAUACAAUAUCAUUGGGCGUCAGUCUAUCUGACAGAUGUCCGUUACCAUAGACAAUCUGGGUCCCGAUUCAGAUAAUGUAUACUGAUACACUGGGUGUGUUUUGUUGUAUGCUUUGUCUGUAGAAAAAGGCGCGAAAUUCAUUUUCUAUGGGAGGUUAAGCCAUCGCACAUUUUUUUUUAAUAUGCCGCUUUUUCUGCUGACAAAUGGAAACUGCCUGUAAAACCGAAGAGGUAGUUUCUUAUUGUUGCUUUUCCUUAAUUUAUAAAAUAAUUAAGUAAUUUGUUUGGUACAUACGUACGUGUGUAUUGUUGAUAUUGCGUACGACAUAAGAAAAAAAUGAAUCUGUAAUUUAAAAAAAAAUUGCGUGUUGUAUUUAUGAAUCUCAAGAACGACUAAAAAUAAUUUACUUAAUAACUUCUCUUUUUUUUGCUUUUUUUUUUUUAAAUGAACUAAGAAAAACUUUGAACGUGGCGCCUAUCGUGUGGCGCAUCAUCUUGAACCUUAUCGGUGCACGAAGGUUGAUAUCGGACUGUAGCGGCGCGCGUCAGUCGACGUCUUUGGCGGUCAAAAGGUGAAACUCAAGUCGAAAUACAACGCACAUACUAUUUAUUAUGCUCUAUUUUCUAUAGUAUAUAGUUCGUGUCAUCCACGAUGACGCGCAGAUUUGUCAAAUCUAACCUUCAAUAAAAUAACAAUAUGAGUCACGCGUCUUCGUGAAUGACACGAUCUAUAUACAAAGUGACGGUGACAGGGCCCAACAACUAGCUUAGCCUGAAAAUACUCGAAAUCCCGCGCGAAACGUGACGACAGAACGGGACGCUUAAUAAAUGCUUAUGUGGCUGAAUAAGGUACUUAGGAUAAGUUGUGUAUCUCUCUAAUAACACUUGCAUUUACUGAAACGGGAUUUUUUACGUAUCACUUUAAUAGGAGCAACUAAUAGUCGAGAAAUUGCCUAAAUAACUCUACGUCACUUUCUUUAGUAAAAAGGCGUAACUUGGAUUGUAUCGCAGUGGCUAAUUCCGUGAUUCUUAACACAUUCACUGCCAACGUUUUCGUAGUGCUACGCUCGUAGCUGGGAUCGGCUUUUUCCCGCUUUGUAGACGAAAGCCGCUACGGACAAAGAAUCCGCCGAAUGGGCGUUCAAUGUGUUAAGAGGAAUUCCUAGCUGAGCAACAUCAAAUCUCGAAUUUUUGAUAAAAAACAACUGCAGCUCGGACUAAACUUCCCACGCAAAAAAAUCGAGGUUUCGCUCUCGACUGUUUCCUCCUCCAAAACGCAACCAAUCAUUAUGAAAUUUUGGAACCUGCAAGUGGAAGAAAUAAUCUAUGCCGCUAUAUUUUGAUUUUUUUGAUAUUUGUUGUUAUAUUUGUAUACUGCGCCUUUUUUUGCAGCCAAUUCAAUUGAGCCGUUUUUGCGAUUUUAGAGGCGCUGUAAAUUUCUUCAAAAUAAAAUAAUUCAAAAAAGCAAAACAUAGCACAGAUAUUGAUGAUAUUGAUCUUAUUUGAAAAAAAAAAUCAUUGCUGUACUUUAAAAAUCCAGGGAGGAAACAGUCGCGAGCGUUUGUAUGGAAAAAUCGCAACUAGGAAUUCCUCUUAAGAAAAGAGCGAAGUGUGUUGCAGAUAUUAUUGGAUAUCAUAAGACUUAUCACAAUACUAUAUGGAUUGACUUUUGUAACCUUUUCUCAGAUACGUAAAUUGGAAAUCCCUAACGCUUACACUGGGAUCUGAUAAAGAUAGAUAUGAUGACUGAUUCUGCAGUGGCAGUAUGGUUCCAUUUUUAUCGCUUGUCACUAUGCCCGUCACUUUCACGCUUACAUACUUGUUAGAACGUGACAGGCAUGGUGACAAAUGAUAAAGAGCCGACUAUCUUAGCCCUACUGCUGUUGUAUCAUGUUAGUUUAAUUUUACCGUUUUUUAAACUUUUUAACUAACACUUUUCUUGAUCUACGUGUUUAUUUGAAUAAACAUCCAAAUUAAUAAUUAGGUACAAUAGACGUGAGGCGGUUAAAAGGUUAAAAAAUGUUGCCAGCAUAUUUUGAGAUCACUGAAAUUUCAGGUCAUUAUCUAAGGCAAGUAAAUGCAAGUGUCAGUCCUUUGAUUGACUAUGUGUAUUUAUAUUUAUACCAGUGUUAUGAAAAGGUUCGAGUGUUAUCAAGCUGUUAUAAAACCCACGUUAUUAAUAUUAGUAAAAUGUUACAAUUCAUUUUGAUGUUUAUAUGACUUGACAAUAUUAUUGAUCACUACUUGACUAAUUUUUUUUUUUAAUUAAUAAAAUUUAUUAUUUGUUCUUGACUAAAUUGGUUCCUUAAUAAAUAAAUUGAAUAAAUUACUGUUGAAACUAUUGUAACUCAUUUGACUAGUGUGGUAAUUUUAUUUGACUUGAAUCUACGCUCAAACCUUUUCAUGACACGAAUUUAUACUCCAUUAAUUAAAUGUACCUAAUAGAUUGAAUAUUACAUACCCCAUUCAUAUCUGCUUAGUUUGUAAUUGUAAUAUUUUUCAAAUAAACGCCGGAUAUAGGUACAUUAUAUUAACGUACAUAUUAGUUGUCAAGUAAAGUAAAAAAAAAAUUACGCCAUUUUUGAUCAGAGACUUUGUGUUGCCAUACUUGUCGAAUAUUUUUCCUAAGUUUUGUAUUAAGUAAUAUAUAUUAAUUAAUCUCUGCCAUUAUUUUGUAAUAAUUAUUGUUUUUUUUUUUAUAUUUUCGCCUCAUCAUUCCAUGACUUAUUGAUCAUCGACAGUAAUCAAUAAUUUCGUUAAGUUUAUAGAAAAAUAUAUAUUGAUAUUUUAUUUUAAUUGAAUAGAGAGAACGCUCCAGUAUUUUGAGAAAAUAAAUUAUAGAUUUUGAACGUCAUAUAUGCACCAUUGAACAAAAUGUGAUUACGUUACAAUUUUCUUUCGAAUUAGAAACUGUUGUACAUUUGUAGUAUGUGGUUUGAAUCCAUGAAAAACAAAUUUUAAGACAAGACAUCUUUUAAACGUCUAUCGAUGUGUUAAGACCAUUCUACCGUGAUUAUAUUUAAAAAAUGAAUUGAUUAGUGGAUAUAGUAAUGGAUGAAAGCAUUAUUUCGUGUAGCAUUUCAAAAGAUAUAUCAUAUUUUGUAAAUUUUAUAGUGUCGCUAUAGCAUUACUAUGUAACCUAUAAUAUAAUGUAUGUCCUAUGUUCUUAGCUAGGCUUAGCGCUCUGAGGACGCGUUCUAAUAUUUAUUUAUGUAUAAAUAUUUACUAAAUUGACUAAAUCGUCAUUAUAAGACCAUUAGAACCCUUAACAUCUUGCUUGUAUUAUCCCUAUGGAGUUUUUUGACCUUAUCUAUACUAAAUCCAUACACGUUAAUUUUACCUCUCUGCCGGCGUCUUUUAUGCCUUUUGUAUCGCCAUUUCUCUCACUCCCAAUUUCCCUGUUGUAAAUUUAAAUUAUCCCAGAUUUAACUAUAAUUUCGGACGCUGGCAACACCAUUCAAACAUUAUCGAUGUUCAAGUUAAUAUUAUAUCAUAGUCUGAUGUAAUUUUAUAUUGCCAGCUGUUGUGAAUAAGAUUUAUUUACAUUGAGACAGAUAAUAAGUAUAGCUUUUAUCGUGGGAGCUGGUAUGGUAGGUACACUGUAACAUGUGAAAUAACUAUUGUUGUUUUCAUUUCUAAGAGUAUUAUUCUAGUCUGCAUUAAAGUUAAGAAUAAACUGAACAAACUGGU